UGAUGACGUUCGCGUUCCGCGCAUACCCAAUUUUUCGCAGACAUGCCGCCUAUUAUAACCAAUACCAUUGUUUAUUAAACAAAUGCCAAUACCAAAUAGUUAUUGAAGUACAUUCAGACAGUUUAUUUGUUAAAACUUUUCCUUUACACAAACAAUGUUCACAUACUACAAGUGGAGCUCUUUGAUGUGAUGUAAAAUGUCAUGUGGCGGGGUGUACAUGUAGUGUAACUAUUCAACAAAUUCUCUUACUCAGAAGUCUGGUUGCCCUGGGAUCUCUCUCUCUCUCUCUCUAUAUUGUUUAAUACCAGAAUAGGUAUGGAUGGAGAUAAUGAUAUGCUACUCAUUAAGAUCGAACCAAAACAAGAAGAAGAAAUCCAUUCCUUUCUGCAGGGACACAGUUCUGUAAGUAACGAAGUUCUGGUGACAAUAAAGGACGAAGUUACUAUUAGUACACCAUGUUCUACAUCUCUUUCUAAUGAAGAAGUACAGCCACAUUCUGACUUUCAACCUUUAAGUCGGUAUAAAACAGUGCCUAAAAAUUUUAGAUGUGCCGAUUGUGAUCACGGGACAAAUCAUAAAUGCCUCUUCAAACAUCAUCAUUUAAAUCAUAAAGUUUCUAAAGAUUUUAAAUGUGCUACUUGCGAUUAUGAGACAAAUAAUAAACAGCUCCUCAAACGACAUCUUUUAAAACAUAAAGUAUCUAAGGAUUUUAAAUGCGAUUCUUGUAAUUAUGGGACAAAUAAUAAAUGCAACUUCAAACAACAUCUUUUAAAACAUAAAAUUUCUAAGGAUUUUAAAUGCGCUAGUUGCGAUUAUGUGACAUGUAAUACAAGCAACUUCAAGCGACACCUUUUAAACCAUAAAGUUUCUACGGAUUUUAAAUGUGCUACUUGCGAUUAUGAGACAAAUAAUAAACAGCUCCUCAAACGACAUCUUUUAAAACAUAAAGUAUCUAAGGAUUUUAAAUGCGAUUCUUGUAAUUAUGGGACAAAUAAUAAAUGCAACUUCAAACAACAUCUUUUAAAACAUAAAAUUUCUAAGGAUUUUAAAUGCGCUAGUUGCGAUUAUGUGACAUGUAAUACAAGCAACUUCAAGCGACACCUUUUAAACCAUAAAGUUUCUACGGAUUUUAAAUGUGCUACUUGUGAUUAUGAGACUAAUAAUAAACAGCUCCUCAAACGACAUCUUUUAAAACAUAGAGUAUCUAAGGAUUUUAAAUGCGAUUCUUGUAAUUAUGGGACAAAUAAUAAAUACAACUUCAAACAACAUCUUUUAAAACAUAAAGUUGCUAAGGACUUUAAAUGUACCAAUUGUGAUUUUCAGACAAGUGUUAAUUGUGACUUUCAACUACAUCUUUUAAAACAUACAGUUUCUAAGGAUUUUAACUGUUCUUAUUGUGAUUAUAGCACAAACGUUAACGGUUACUUCAAACAACAUCUUUUAAAACAUAAAGUUUCUAAGGAUUUUAAAUGUUCCUAUUGUGAUUAUGGCACAAAUUACAAACAGGGCCUCAAAAUACACCUUUUAAAUCAUACUGCUUCUAACGAUUUUAAAUGUGCUGAUUGUGAUUAUGAGACAUGUAAUAAAGGCAAUUACAAGCGACACAUUUUAAAACAUAAAAUUUCUACGGAUUUUAAAUGUGGUGUUUGCGAUUAUGAAACAAAUGAUAAAUACAACUUCAAACAUCAUUUUUUAAAACAUAAAGUUUCUAAGGAUUUUAAAUGUACCUAUUGUGAUUAUGGCACAAAUUAUAAACAGGACUUUAAAAUGCACCUUUUAAAACAUACUGGCUGUAAGGAUUUUAAAUGUACUAAUUGUGAUUAUGAGACAUGUACUAAAAAGAACUUGAACAGGCACCUUUUAAAACAUAAAGUUUCUACACAUUUUAAAUGUGAUACUUGUGAUUAUGAGACGUGUAGUACAAGCAACUUCAAGCGACACCUUUUAAAACAUAAAGUUUCUACGGAUUUGAAAUGUGAUACUUAUAAUUAUGCUACAAAUGAUAAAAACUUCCAACAACAUCUUUUAAAACAUAAAGUUUCUAACUUGGUUUCUGACGAUUUUGAAUGUGCUAAUGUGACUUUUGUACGUGAAACCUAUCCAAGAACCUAUCUUAAACAGCACCGCUUAAAACAUAAAAGAAUCUAACGUUUUUUAAAUGUGCCAAUUGUGAUUAUUCAAAUCUGGAGUUAAAUAAUAGAUUGAACUUUAACCAACACCUCACUGUAUAAGUACAUUAUCUUCAAAUCAUAGGUGCUCCUGAGCUCUCAUUGAACCAAACAGAUUUAAAGACUACACUAUGUGAGAAAAACGGUGGACUUGUUUUUAGCAUCUUCCUUUAGUGUUUGGUAUUGCUUCUGCACCUGCUAUUUGAAAGCGGUAAAUGGAAAACUACCCAAAGGGAUUCCUGGUGUUUCAGUUUUUCUAGAUAUUAAACUUACUGGACUGAAUAAUUUAGUAAAUUUGCAACGUUUAGAAGUUUCCUACAUGUUUACAAAUUCACAAUCUUUGUAUUAAUUUGCAAAAAGUACAUUCUUUUCUAGAUUUAGUCAAUUACUAUCUUAGAUUUUGUUUACAUUAGUAAUAAGUACAAUCUGCAUUUAAGUUAGACACAUUCAGAGAUUAAUUGAAUAAAGCAAAUAGGUACCUCCCCUGAUAUAAAAAGCAAAAGCACACAGCAAUGAUUAAGGUAUAACAAAAAUAUUUCAAGAUAAAGCCGUACUUAACACUUAAGCCGGUUACAAGAAAAGACCCUGAACAAACAUGUUAUACAGUAUAAUAUUAACUACCUCAAGCGACGCUGUAACUUGAACUCUUAACACCCCUAAAAAUCGCCCAUUCCCUGUAUUUCUACUAGCAACUCCUCAUAAAGAACGCAUUGUGUGACACUCUUGCAAAGUGUUUGCACUAAUGCGUUAAUAAAUGCACAUUUAGCAACAGUGUCAGAAAAAAUACCGUUCAUAAACAACACUCUGAGAACACACUGAGUGCUCGAAAAUCACCGGCCUCCAAACGUUGGUAAAAAACACUCCGCAUGCGCCCUGGAUAUUUUCCCGCUAAAAUUGACACUUCUAACCUAAAAACUAAACCAAACCAUUCUCGUCUCUUGUGUCGUACGUAGUUUGUAAUGGAGGUAACUGAAAUAACUCCGGAUAAAUUUACGAUAGUGACUCUUGAAAAUGGAGAAUUGUUUAAGUCUGACGAUGGUCAAAUUUGCGUAUCAUCAAAUUCAGAUGGAACAUUGUACUUUGUACAACCAUCAGAAGCAAUAUUUAAAUCGUUUAAUAUAAGUUCCUGUUCCUUCCCUGCAGCUACUACCAAUGUUUUACCUGCACCAGUUGGUGAAGGUGCAUCUAUGUCAACAGAAAGACGAGUAAAAUGGACUCGUGAAAGUAUUACUGAAUUAAUUGAAUUAAGAAUGCACUAUGACAGCAAAUUUAAAUCAACAUCCGUGAAAAAUGAUUUAGUAUGGAAAGAAUUAUCUGAAAAUAUGAAAGGGAAAGGGUUUAACGUAACAGCUACGCAAUGUAAUGACUAGUGGAGAUAUUUAAAAGGACGUUAUGCUGCAAAGAAAGAUAACCAAGGAGCACGGGGUACUGGUGAAGCACCAAUCGACUUUGAAUAUUUUGAGAUAAUGGAUAAGUUUCUGGGGAAAAAACAUAAUAUACAACCAGUGGCAGUUGCAUCAUCACUACAAGGCGAUUCAACUCCAUGUUCUAGCGAUUCAGAACAAGCACUAGAGGACACUGGACCUCCGGCAAAGAAAAUCAGAAGCUCGAUAAGUAAGAAUGUAAAGGAAAGAAAAUCUCAAGGAUUGAUGGAAGAGCUCCGUCAAUCAGCUCAAGCU